AUGACAGGUAUUGGAGAAGUUGUCUGGCAAUUUUUCAAGAUUGACAAGCCGUCCACUUUCAAAAGGGACUAUAUUGAUCAAUCAAUUGAUCGGGACCGUAAACCUGAAAAAUUGGGGAAGUACUCAAAGUACAAUGUUUUAAAUGCUUUUAACUGGUAUCCAUCCCACUACAGUGCAUAUGAGAGAAAGUUUUUGAUGAAGGUAGAUGUCUGUGUUUUGUUGUUUCUAUGUUUUUCUUUUUACACUAAAUAUCUUGAUAAUGCCAAUGUUGGGUCUGCCUAUGUCUCGGGUAUGAAGGAGGAUCUAAAACUACAUGGAAAUGAGUUAAACUUUUUCAAUACAUGUUACACCGUUGGUUAUGCCGUUUUUCAAAUUCCAAUUACUCUUUUGAUUACCAAACCUCAGUUUGCAAGGCAUCUUUUACUUUUUUGUGAAUUGGCCUGGGGUAUGAUGACCUUAGCAAACGCUUAUGUCACCAAUGCAAACCAAAUGUAUGCUAUUAGAUUCUUUAUCGGUGUUUUCGAGGCUUGCUCCUUUCCCGCAACAUAUGUCAUCCUUUCCAGUUUUUUGACCGAUGAAGAAUUAUUCAAACGGGCAGGGUUUUACGGGGCUUUUGCAACAGCCGGUAAUGCCAGUGCUGGUGCAUUGCAAACACGUGCUAGAGAGCACUUGGCUGGUAUUAAUGGCUUGAAGGGCUGGCAGUGGCAAUUCAUUAUUGACGCAGUUUUAACCUUUGGUAUUUUCUUGUACGGGUUCCUGUUAUUCCCCGGAAUCCCAUCAGCAUGUAAAAAGUUUGGUUUUUUCUCUGAAGACGAUAUGAUAUUUGCAAGGAAAAGACUUCAGAAUAAAAUUGCCUUUCCAAAGAAAUUUACUUGGAUGACUUUGAAAGAAACAUUGUUCACCUGGCAGGUGUACUUUGGAUCCGCCAUCUGGGUCUUACAUCAUCAAUCUUGGUACUCCAAUGGGGCCAAGUUAUAUAUGAAAAGUAAACCCGAGAUAUACACAACUUCAAUGGUUACAAAUUGGGAUUCAUAUAUGUACUGCGUUGGUAUUCCGUGUGCUAUCAUAGUUGCGCCAUUGUGCAAAUACUACGGGAAGCUCAUCCCGGUUAAUGUUGUGAUGCUGACUGCAUAUUUUGCGUGCAUUGUGUUCAUCAUUUGGAGUGUCCCAAAUAGUGUGCUUAUUGCUGCAUUCUUUUUACAACGGCCUUACAGAGACGGUUUGGCACAGGUUUAUUAUACGUGGAUUGCAACUUUAUGUAAAGACAAUGUGGAAAAAAAAGCUUUAGUUUUAAGUUGGGUUCAAGCGUUAUCGUAUGCAAUAAAUGCCUUUGCGAUACCAUUGCAAUAUAAUGUUAAAGAUGCACCUUCAUUCAAAAAAGGUUACAUUAUAAACAUUGUGUUGAUUGCUGCUUCACACGUCGUGUUUUUUAUAGGGUUGUGGCUUGACAAAUACGAUUUGAAGUAUUUUCCAGGCAUUUCUGGUAAUAGACAUGUUAAUGAAGAUGAUAUUCUGAUUGCACCAUCUAAAAGCAAAGAAGCGGAAGAGCUUGAUUUCGACAUCGAUGUCGAAAAAGAAAUCUACGAAAUUAAAGAGUCAUCUUCUUUGGAAACACCAUUGAAGAAAACACAUAUAUACUAUACUGACUAA